CCUUGUCCCAGUUGUUUGUUAACCAACUGAAAACCAGCAUGUGAAACAGGGAGGGACACGGUGAGCAGAGGAAAUGAAGAGAAUGAGAGAACACUGCGAUCUUCAGUGCACACUUAAGCGAGUGCGAGGUACGUUGUUCUGGGUCUCCUUGCUUUCACUAUUCGUACUGAUUUCUGUGAAGCCGUUGUCUGUCUGUUUCAACUUCAGUUAUUUUCGACCGGGGGAUUGAUGUUGUCGAACCAGAAAAAGCGUUUCGAGCGAUGCUUUAUUAGUGGGUUGUUUCCCAGAUAUCAGUUUUCGGGCUUUGAGUUAAUGGGUUUUCACCAGAUUGUUCAAUUUAUAAACUACUCUAUGGUCGAGCUUGGAGAAAGAUAGCUGUGUAAAAGUUGCAGCAUUUGAUUAAAUUCAGCUUCAAGAUUAUCUGUCUCCCUUCAAUUUUGACAAAAUUGAGGUAGCACGCUUGGUUCUCUAAGGGGAAGGAAAGUCCAUUCUUCUUCUCCACAUUUUCAGAUAGAUAGUUCUAAAAUGGGCUCGCUAGAGGAGGAGCCGACACCCCAAACAAAUCACAGUAAGCCUCCUGCAGUUCGACUGAUAGAGUACAUAAAGAACUCGACCAUCUCCUUCAGAACAUAUCAAGCCAUUGUCCUAAUUUUGACAUUUUUCGCAUAUACGAGCUAUCAUGCCGCCCGGAAGACCACCAGCAUCGUUAAAAGCGCCCUCGAUCCCGAGUCAUCAAAACUUGGGUUCAGCUUAUCGCCAUGGCCUGGAAACCACUUCCAUACAAGGACUGAAAGCAACCAAGUAUCAAGUGCUCUCGGGAAUGGGUGGGCGCCUUUUAAUGGAACAGAUGGAACUGUUUUGCUAGGGGAUCUCGACCUGGCUUUCCUCGGAGUUUACUCCAUGGGAAUGUACUUUGCUGGUCAUUUAGGAGAUCGAUUGGAUUUAAGGAUCUUCUUGACAGUGGGAAUGGUGGGGACUGGCGUUUUCACUUCGCUCUUUGGGGUUGGGUACUGGUUUAACAUCCAUAACUUCUACUACUUCUUGAUAGUUCAGAUGUUUGCUGGUCUUUUCCAGUCGACCGGAUGGCCUUCCGUCGUUGCCGUCGUUGGGAAUUGGUUCGGGAAGAAAAAACGGGGGCUGAUUAUGGGAAUUUGGAAUGCCCACACAUCUGUAGGCAAUAUUUCAGGAUCUCUUAUUGCGUCAGCUUUACUGAAGUAUGGAUGGGGUUGGUCAUUUGCUGUUCCCAGUCUUCUAAUUGCUUUUGUGGGGUCGGUGGUGUUCCUCUUGCUGCCUGUGAGUCCAGAGUCUGUGGGAGUCGAGAUUGAAGUGGAUGAACUGCAACCUCCCAAGAAGAUUAAUGACGAGGAAAUAAUAGAACCUCUGUUGGGAUCAGAGAAAGAGAUUCAAAAGGAACAAGCUGUGGGGUUCAUUGAGGCAUGGAAGAUUCCUGGGGUUGCUCCCUUUGCUCUUUGCCUGUUCUUCGCCAAGUUGGUGGCUUAUACAUUUCUCUAUUGGCUCCCGUUCUACAUUAGCCACACAGCAAUCGAUGGCAAGUAUCUUUCCGAUGAGACAGCAGGGAAUCUAUCUACUGUAUUUGAUAUAGGAGGUGUCCUUGGUGGGAUACUCGCAGGCCACAUUUCGGACCAUCUUGAUGCCAGAGCCAUAACUGCAGCAAGCUUCAUGUAUUGUGCAAUCCCAGCUCUUUUCUUCUACCGGUGCUAUGGCCAUAUCUCCUUGUAUAUGAAUAUAAUCCUCAUGUUUAUUGCCGGGAUGUUCGUCAAUGGGCCGUAUGCCCUUAUAACAACUGCAGUAUCAGCAGAUUUAGGCACACACAGCUCGUUGAAUGGGAAUUCACGGGCAUUAGCAACAGUAACGGCAAUCAUAGAUGGGACGGGCUCCGUGGGAGCUGCAAUUGGGCCCUUGCUGACAGGUUACAUUUCCGCAAAAAGCUGGAGUGCAGUGUUCACCAUGUUGAUGAUGGCAGCCCUUGUGGCAGGGCUGCUUCUCACUCAGCUAGUGGUGGCGGAGGUGAAAGCGAAGAUUGAGACUGCGAGGUCUCGAGGUGAUCACCCAUCUACAACACCAGCGAUAGUCGAGGUGUAAUUUAUCUGGGGGGAUAAACUGUAAAGAAUGUGUAGCUCUGUUUCAGAGCCCCCCGUACGUGAUGAGAUGAAAUGGAGCAUAUCCUCUCCUUUAAAUUAAAAGAGACAAGGGAGGAUGUUGUUCCUUCAUUACUUUCGGGUUGAAGUUGGGAAGGAAAUAGGGUUGCUUUGGUUUUCCCUUCUGUACAGUUGGUUGUCUUUCUACCAAAUCCAAAAUGAAUGGCUUGUUUGUUGUAGCCAGAAAUGUUGAGCAUGUUUGGCUUCUCUCUCAUUUCUUUCA